UUGAUGACGCGGUACGUCUCUUUGUUGGCUCGGCAGCAGCAGCAGCAGCAGCAGCGUCCGAUCUGUUGUUAUUUUCUCUGCAGCUAAAAAAACAGGAAUGCUAAGAGACUAAAGCGGUUUCCCCCCACAGGUUAUCCUUUUCUGUUUAAAAUCGCCCUUUGUACUCAGACCCACGUAUAUACCCUGGCUUGUCACAACCCGACGUCGAUCUAGUAAUGGACUCAGACGAGGGUUACAAUUAUGAAUACGACGACGAGGAAGAGGAGUGCAGCGAGGACAGCGCUGAAGAGGAAGCCGAGGACGACACCCUGGAGCUCGGCGACGUGGAGCUGGUCGAUCCCGUGGUGGCCGGCGGCGAGCGAGACGAGUGCGGGGAGAACGGCGGCAGCGGCCUCGGCCCGGGACAAGACGAGGAGGACUACCGCUUUGAAGUUCUCACCGCUGAGCAGAUCCUCCAGCAUAUGGUCGAGUGUAUCAGGGAGGUCAACGAGGUCAUCCAGAAUCCUGCAACAAUCACAAGAAUACUGCUUAGUCAUUUCAACUGGGACAAGGAAAAGCUUAUGGAAAGGUACUUCGAUGGUAACCUGGAUAAGCUUUUUUCCGAGUGUCAUGUCAUAAACCCUAGUAAAAAAUCCAGGACGCGUCUCAUGAACACACGAUCGUCAGCUCAGGAUAUGCCGUGUCAGAUCUGCUAUCUCAACUAUCCUAAUUCGUACUUCACUGGUUUGGAAUGUGGGCACAAGUUCUGCAUGCAGUGCUGGGGCGACUAUUUAACCACCAAAAUCAUAGAAGAAGGAAUGGGCCAGACCAUUUCCUGUCCUGCACAUAGUUGUGAUAUCCUGGUUGAUGACAACACAGUGAUGCGACUGAUAACAGAUUCGAAAGUGAAGUUGAAGUACCAACAUUUAAUAACCAAUAGUUUUGUAGAGUGCAAUCGACUGUUAAAAUGGUGUCCAGCUCCUGACUGCCAUCAUGUUGUCAAAGUCCAGUACCCUGAUGCCAAACCUGUUCGCUGCAAGUGUGGCCGGCAGUUCUGCUUCAACUGUGGAGAGAACUGGCAUGACCCAGUCAAGUGUAAGUGGUUGAGAAAGUGGAUUAAAAAGUGUGAUGACGACAGCGAAACAUCCAACUGGAUUGCAGCAAACACUAAGGAAUGUCCUAAAUGCCACGUGACCAUAGAGAAGGAUGGAGGCUGCAACCACAUGGUGUGUCGGAACCAAAACUGCAAAGCGGAGUUCUGCUGGGUCUGCUUAGGCCCGUGGGAACCCCAUGGAUCAGCCUGGUACAAUUGCAAUCGCUACAAUGAAGACGAUGCCAAGGCAGCUAGGGAUGCGCAAGAGGUAGGCAAAAUUGUACCAAGCGACAUCCACCAUCCUGUACGCUCCAGAGCAGCCUUGCAGAGGUACCUGUUUUACUGCAACCGCUACAUGAAUCACAUGCAGAGCCUGCGCUUCGAGCACAAGCUGUACGCGCAGGUCAAGCAGAAGAUGGAGGAGAUGCAGCAGCAUAACAUGUCAUGGAUUGAGGUGCAGUUCCUGAAGAAGGCUGUGGACGUGCUGUGCCAGUGCCGCUCCACGCUCAUGUUCACCUACGUCUUUGCCUUCUACCUCAAGAAGAACAACCAGUCCAUUAUUUUUGAGAACAACCAGGCAGAUCUAGAGAAUGCCACUGAGGUAUUGUCUGGAUACCUAGAGCGAGACAUUUCCCAAGAUUCACUGCAGGACAUCAAGCAGAAAGUACAAGACAAAUACAGAUACUGUGAGAGCCGACGGAGAGUCCUGCUACAGCACGUGCACGAAGGCUAUGAAAAAGACCUGUGGGAGUACAUCGAGGAUUGAGGCAGUGCCCUCCCGCUACUAGACUCUUGGAGAGUGCCUCCACCACCCAGAGCGCUGAUGCAACUGAACCGGGGCAGCACAAGCCUCAAGCUGCUGCCCUAUUGUCUCCCACCGUUCCACCAUCCCGCCCACCUCCUUUAAUUUUUUUUUUUUUUCUCCCCCUGGUGGAUUUUCAGUUUUCAUACUGAAAGUAAAUUAUAUUUAAAUGAAAAAGGAAUAUUCAGAAAUAAAAUAAUGUGUACAGCAGUAUUGUUAAUGGUGAACAAACUGAAAUUCAAGGAAAGCGAGUGGAUGGUGAAAGAAAGAAAGAAAAAGAAAGAAAGAAAGAAAGAAAGAAAGAAAGAAAGAAAGAAAGAAAGAAAGAAAGAAAGAAAGAAAGAAAGUCUUGUCCAGGCUGGUGUUGUAACACUUCUUCCCCACCAUCUAUUCCCUUUUUCUUUCUUGGAUGUCUUCAGUUCAUUUUAGUUUCUUUUGACCUAUUUGUUUGUGUGCGGGCAGUGGACUUUUUUCAUAAUGGCUUUAAUUGUCCUGAUCAUGUCCUCUUGCAUGGACAGGUCCAUGUCUGGGUUGCUGAAUGUUUGCUGAAAACAAAACAGAACAAAAAAAAAAAAAAAAAAAAUCAAAUUGGUAUUUUUCAAUUUGUACAUAAUGCAUAUGCAUGGGCGUUAAAGAGCAGGAGUGGCACGUGUUUGCAUACUUUUUAAAUUUAAGGAAAUAUUUAUUCUUUUCAAAUAUUAAGGAGAAAAAAAGAUGUAUAUUUGCUGUGUAGAUUGAGUAUCUCUCUCUCUCUCUCUCUCUCUCUCCCCUCCGCCCUUGUUUGUCCCUCUUCCGAAGAGUUCCGGACGUUGGAUGCUUAAAACCCAAAACAGGAGUCCAAAUCUCUCCAUCUUUUUCACUCCGUCAAACCGGAGCAUGUUUUUAGGAGACUGAAGACUGAACUCUGCCAAAAAAAAAAAAGAAAAAGGAAAAAAAAAGCAGUAUGCCAAGGAGGAACGUUUAGAUUGCUGCAGGUCUAACUAGCAAAAAAAAAAAAAAAAAAAAAAAAAAAAAGCAACGAGAGCUCACUGUCCUGAAGAGCAUGAGACGUAGAACGCUAUCGUUUUCACCGCAAUUCAUGAGAGGUGGAGUUUUAAGACACAAUAUCUGUAGGAAUUACAUGCCAGCCACUAAGAAUAUGGCACUGGACCGGGCUCUUCCUGGUCAGUGUAGUUUUCCCAAGUAGAACGAUUUUGAACUGUGAUCUCAUUUUAAAGUGAUGAUAACUUUUGGGAGCCAAACUGAGUGACAUUCACUCAAGGUGACAUGCACACAAACACACUAUCUUAUAAUGUUUGCGUGAAUGUAACUUUUUAUAUGCUCUGCAUCUCUUUCUCUCUCUCGCUCUCUCAAAGAUUCCUGUUCUUCCCAAAAAACAAAUAUUUUUCUUUGGUGCAUUUGUGGGGCAGGUUUGAAGGCAGUGAUGUGUAUGAAUGGUGCAGUUAGUGUAAGCAAGCUGUCUGCAUUGAGCCAGUGUCAAGCACAUGUGUAUACUGAACCGUGCAGGUCUGAUAGUCCAUCAUCUCUUGUUUUGCUGUGAAAUCUCAUGUGCUUUUAACCAUGUUUAGCUCAGGGGUCAUGUGUAUUAAAGAUUCUCAUUGUACAAGU